UAUAUAGCGUUUAUUUUCAGAAUCGGGACUACAACAUUUCUGGGCGUUUUCAUGGUGACAUCAUGUGAGCUGACUGACACGUACGGUUUUGUUGAAAAAAAUAAAAGUAACAGAAGAGCAGGAAGAAGAAAGGCACUAGGAGCAGAGAGAAAGAGAGGAGACAUCGUCUGUUCAAGAAUCACCUUCAGAUCUCUAUUCCUAGUUCAAUCAUGAACGUGUUUGACCGCAACAUCAACUUUGAUGCUCUCCUCAAGUUUUCCCAAAUAUCUCAUUCCACACAGGUGCACUUGAAGAAUGUGUACUCAAGCUUGGCAGUUUGUAUGUUUGUGGCUGCAACUGGCUCCUACGUCCAUGUCGUCACCCGCCUCUUUCAGGGCGGCAUACUGUCUGUGCUCGGCUCCCUGGGGAUGAUGUUUUGGCUCGCCAUGACACCACACAACCCAGAGACAGAGAAGAAGAGACUGGCUAUCCUCGCAGGAUUUGCCUUCCUCACAGGUGUCGGCCUUGGCCCCACACUGGACUUUGUCAUCGCCGUCAAUCCGAGCAUCAUUGUGACGGCUUUCAUGGGAACCUCUGCAAUUUUCAUUUGCUUCACUCUCAGCGCUGUCUAUGCCAAACGCAGGAGCUAUCUGUUCCUUGGAGGCACGCUGAUGUCCGGCCUUACCCUCCUUUUCCUGAUGUCUGUGAUGAACAUGUUCUUUGGAUCUGUGAUGAUGUUUAAGGCACACAUGUACCUCGGGCUGCUCAUCAUGUGCGGCUUUGUCCUGUUUGACACUCAGCUCAUCAUUGAGAAGGCAGAGAAUGGAGACAAGGACUAUGUCUGGCACUGUGUGGACUUGUUUCUUGAUUUCAUCACCAUCUUCAGGAAACUGAUGGUCAUCCUUGCCAUGAAUGAUAAGGACAAGAAGAAGGAAAAGAAGUAAAGAAAGUUUGAGUGUCUGGAAAUGGAAAAAAAACAACAAUCUGUCAGACAAGGCACAAUUUGCAACGCAUUUGGUGCUUUUCACUUUCUGUCUUCAUUUAUCGAAUUAACUCCUCUGUGGUCUUAUAUUACUGAACACUUCUUUGAUUUAUUUUUUAAAACUUACAACAAGGGUUGAAUGUAAGUUCAUAGUAAACUAAUGCUAGUCCCAUCAUGGCUGUGGUUGGAGAAUAGACUAAUGCUGCAGUGAACAUGCUUGGCCUGUAGAGGGGAGCGUUGCCCUAUGGAGACUCCCAGAAGCUGAGCAACACUUAAUGAGGAUUUUCAUUCAUAUUUCAUUACUGUUAUUUAGUGCCAUAAAUUAAUGACAUGAUAGGCUCCUUUUUUGUUUUUUUUAGUGGGUCAGGUGAGCUUCUGAGUUGAUCAGUGUUUUAUUUAAAAUUAUGUAAUUUCAGACGUUGAUUUGCUUAUUUAUAGUUUUCCCUUGGUUCUCUUUAGUGGAGUGUCACAACAUAUGGUGUCCCAUGAUUUUGACUGAUUUUUGAUUUGAUUUUGUUUUGUGACCAACAUUUUGAGUAAGAAUGGUGAAGCCUGGUAAUACUAACCAUGGAAGCCUGUCUGGAGCUAUACAAACUGAUUCAGACGGACUCGGUGGUCAGGAUUUUGGACUUUUGGCUGUCUUGACUGAUUGGCUGGAGUCUGAGCCAUCUGUCCACAUUUUCAACUCAGACAGGCAAAUUAUUCAGACCUCUCCCAGUGUAAAUUUCCUCUUAAUAUCUGUUGUCUAGAAAUUAGUUUACCAAAUGAUAUGAUGUUAACCUUACGAUUUUUCGAAAGUGUAUACUGUGAAGAAUUUAUUUUAUUCAUGUAAAAUUGAAACUAAUAAUUUGAUACAUUUGCUCAAAUAAAUGUGUUGAACAUA